AUGGAUGGAAUUGAAGCAAAGAUUAGGCUAAAGCCUGAUCAUACUCCAAAAUUCUAUCAGCCAAGGAUAGUACCGUACGCUAUUCGACCAAAAGUAGAGGCUGAAUUGACACGUUUAACAGAGAUGGGAGUGAUUUCACCAAUACAGUACAGUGAGUGGGCCACGCCUGUGGUACCAGUGAUAAAGAAAGAUGGUUCAGUGAGACUGUGUGGUGAUUUUAAAGUGACACUCAACCCAGCCAUUUGUGUGGACCACUACCCACUUCCACGCAUAGAAGAUCUUUUUGCAUCUCUAGCUGGUGGUCAGUUAUUCAGUAAGCUGGAUUUGUCAAACGCUUACUUGCAGAUGCCAGUGGCACAGGAAUCGAGGAAAUUACUCACCAUAUCCACUCAAAAAGGGCUAUUUUGCUAUAACCGUCUUCCCUUCGGGAUUUCCCCAGCUCCUGCAUUAUUUCAGAAAGCGAUGGACCAAGUUCUCUUGGGGAUUCCAAACACUCACUGCUAUCUAGAUGACAUACUGAUAACAGGACGAGAUGACGCGGAGCACCUCAAGACACUAGACCAAGUUCUCAGUAGACUGGAAAAAUAUGGUCUGAAAUUGCAGCGCGAAAAAUGUGAAUUUUUCAAACAGUCACUGGAGUACUUGGGUCAUUACAUAGACGCCGCUGGACUACACAAAUCUCCAGAAAAGAUUAAAGCAAUAAUGGAAGCGCCUACACCAGCUAAUGUAAGUCAGUUACGCUCUUUCCUGGGGAUGAUUAACUACUAUGGCCGUUUCAUUCCAAAUUUGGCAUCUGUUUUGAAUCCACUUAAUACUCUUCUCUGUAAAGAAAAGAAAUGGUACUGGAGUGUGGCCUGUGAACAAUCAUUCCAAAAAGCAAAGGAUCUCCUUACCUCACCAGCUAUACUCACGCAUUAUGAUCCAGAGCUACCCAUUCGUCUCGCCUGUGAUGCUUCCCCAUACGGGGUGGGUGCUUUGAUAUCACAUCUGUGCCCCAAUGGUGAGGAAAAGCCGAUUGCUUUUGCUUCCAGGACACUCAGUAGAGCGGAACGAAACUAUGCUCAGAUCGAGCGGGAGGCCCUGAGCAUAAUCUUUGGAAUUCGCAAAUUCCAUCAGUACUUAUACGGAAGAAGGUUUACCCUCCUCACUGAUCAUCAACCACUAACUGCUAUUCUUAGUCCUAACAGGAGCAUUCCAUCCAUGGCAGCAGCCAGAAUGCAACGAUGGGCUUUGCUUUUAGCCGCCCAUGAUUAUGUCCUUGAGUAUAAGAAAGCAGCCCACCAUGCCAAUGCAGAUGGACUUUCACGGCUACCAUUGCCAGUGACACACACAGAGAAAAUGGACACAGUGGAUGUGUUCUAUGCCAAUCAGGUAGCCACCCUGCCUGUCAGUAAUGCUGAAAUUAAAUGUGACACCCUAACAGAUCCCACUUUGUCAUCUGUGCUGGACAUGGUUUCAUCUGGACGGUUCCCAAAACCUAAAGAUAUACCCACAGACUUGCUACCUUUCGUGACUCGUCGUCACGAACUUACAGUGGUACAAGGAUGUUUAAUGUGGGGGAGUCGUGUUAUUGUACCUCCCAAACUCCGCCACCGGGUGUUAGCUGACCUACACAUAGGCCAUCCUGGGGUGGUAAGGAUGAAACAUCUGGCCCGUAGCUACGUCUGGUGGCCGGGUAUCGAUGGACAGAUUGAGUCACAAUCCAAGUUAUGUCAGUCCUGUCAACGUAUCCAAAAUGCCCCCUGUCCUGCACCACUUCACCCAUGGAUUUGGCCAACUCAUCCUUGGGAAAGGUUACAUGUGGAUUUUGCUGGUCCCUUUGAAGGCCAUAUGUACUUCAUUGUAGUUGAUGCGCACUCAAAAUGGCCUGAAGUAUCCAUCAUGGACAGUACUACGACAAGCAAAACUAUUCAAGUCUUAUGGGGACUUUUCAGUCGUUAUGGUGUCCCUAACGUCAUUGUCAGUGACAACGGCCCGCAGUUUUGCGCUGAGGAGUUCUCAUUCUUCCUGAAGGCAAAUGGGGUGCAACAUAUCCGCUCUGCGCCCUAUCACCCCUCUAGUAAUGGGCAAGCUGAGCGUUUUGUCCAAACAUUCAAACACGCUCUGAAAGCUUCCAGGGGGUCAGCUCCGAUCCAACAGAGACUUGAUGGAUUCUUGUUAACAUACAGAAACACUCCUCAUGCUACUACUAAGGAGUCACCUGCGAUGUUAUUCCUCAAUCGCAAAUUAAGAACCCGACUGGAUCUUCUUAAACCUAGUCUUGCCAGAACUGUGAGUCAGUCUCAGGAGGCUCAGCAGUUACGACGCCAGGAACACUCAAAGUCGAGGGAAUUUUGUGUUGGAGACUCCAUCCUUGUACGUGACUACCGAAAAGGAGAAAAAUGGAUACCUGGAGUGGUAAUGUCAAGAACGGGACCUGUCUCCUACAUCGUCAAUGUGGGCGCUGCUGGAUCCUGGAAACGUCAUGUUGAUCAAAUGUUGAGACAGGGAGUUCCAUCGUCUGACACCUCAAUUGAGCCAGUUGUUCCCGUUUGUUCUGAUAAUUCCCAAACGCAUUCCCUUCUGGAGAAUACCAGUGAAAAGACUAACGAUUUUUUUGAUGUGAUAACUGAUAGCCCAGGGUCAGGUAACACUGACAGAGCACCUUCUGAGAUGGUACAAACAAGAGAGACUUUAAAACGCUAUCCUACCCGUCUCAUUAGACCACCUGACCGUUAUCAAGCAUCCUAA